UUUGUUGCUCAGCCCAACUGCCAGCAGCUUCUUGCAUCCCGCUGGUACGACGAGUUCCCUGGAUGGCGGAGGCGACAUUGGGCUGUGAAGAUGUUGACAUGUGUUGUGAUAGGACUCCUUUUCCCGGUCUUCUCUGUGUGCUACCUGAUAGCUCCCAAAAGCCCACUAGGGCUGUUCAUCAGAAAGCCAUUUAUCAAAUUUAUCUGCCAUACUGCAUCGUACUUGACUUUCCUGUUCCUGCUAUUGCUUGCCUCUCAGCACAUCGACAGGUCAGACCUGAGCAUGCAGGGACCACCACCAACCAUCGUCGAGUGGAUGAUAUUACCGUGGGUCCUGGGUUUUAUCUGGGGUGAAAUUAAACAGAUGUGGGAUGGUGGACUGCAGGACUACAUUCAUGAUUGGUGGAACCUCAUGGAUUUUGUUAUGAACUCAUUGUACCUGGCAACAAUCUCUCUGAAAAUUGUUGCGUUUUCAAAGUAUAGUGGGUUAGUUCCACGGGAGAGCUGGGACAUGUGGCAUCCAACCCUGGUGGCUGAGGCCCUGUUUGCAAUUGCAAACAUCUUUAGCUCCCUGCGCUUGAUCUCAUUAUUCACUGCAAAUUCUCACCUGGGGCCACUGCAGAUAUCUCUAGGAAGAAUGUUGCUGGACAUUUUGAAAUUUCUCUUCAUAUACUGCCUUGUGCUGCUAGCUUUUGCAAAUGGAUUGAACCAGCUGUACUUCUACUAUGAGACAAAUGAACCUGGCAACUGCAAAGGAAUACGAUGUGAAAAGCAGAAUAAUGCAUUUUCAACAUUAUUUGAAACUCUGCAGUCAUUAUUCUGGUCUAUAUUUGGACUCAUCAAUCUCUAUGUGACCAACGUGAAAGCAAGGCAUGAAUUUACUGAAUUUGUUGGGGCCACCAUGUUUGGUACCUAUAAUGUAAUAUCUCUGGUUGUUCUACUCAACAUGCUAAUAGCCAUGAUGAAUAAUUCUUACCAACUUAUUGCUGAUCAUGCAGACAUUGAGUGGAAGUUUGCUCGAACAAAACUCUGGAUGAGUUACUUUGAAGAAGGAGGAACUCUGCCCACUCCUUUUAAUGUCAUACCAAGCCCAAAAUCUCUGUGGUAUCUUAUCAAGUGGUUAUGGAGACACCUUUGCAAGAAAAAAAUUAGAAGAAAGCCUGAAAGUUUUGGAACAAUAGGGAGACGUGCAGCUGACAAUUUGAGAAGACAUCAUCAAUACCAGGAAGUUAUGAGAAAUCUGGUUAAGAGGUAUGUUGCAGCGAUGAUAAGAGAUGCCAAAACUGAGGAAGGAUUGACAGAAGAAAAUUUUAAGGAGUUAAAACAAGAUAUUUCCAGCUUUCGCUUUGAAGUUCUGGGUUUAUUAAAAGGAAGCAAGCUGUCUAAUUUGCAGACUGCAAAGAUGAACAAAGACACUGCCUCUCUGUCAGAAAAUGAAGAAAAUAGUGAGAGUGAAGGAAACAAGAAAGGAAAGAAAAAACCUUUCAGCCUUUUUGACAUAACAACAAUGAUUCACCCAAGAUCAGCCAAUAUUGCCUCUGAUGGACAUAAUGUAAGCAAUGGCUCAGCAAUGAUGGUAUCAGAGUCCACUCAGGAGAAACAAAAGCGUGUGAAUUUUGUAACAGACAUAAAAAAUUUUGGGUUGUUUCAUAGACGAUCAAAAACACACUCUGUGGAGCAGAGUACAAAUAAAAUAUACACUGUUUCUGAAGAAGUUUCCCGUCAACAGGCAGAAGAACAAUGUGAGAAAACUGAUGAACUGGAAGAGGUAGAAUUGACCAUGAACUGUGAAUUAAACAUCCAAAGUCCUGACAAAAAUUGUGUGUUAGUUGCGUCACAAAAUAACAGUGGCUCUUUGGAUUCACAGGAAGAGGGAAGUGUUUGUGCUUCAGAAACAGAGAAAAUGGAGUCACAUAACUCGGACCCUGCCACACCACAGGAUCAGCUGGACAAGGUGUUGGACAUUAGCAUUGACUGUGAUGAGAAACAGGAAACAAUUGUUCAGGGUGACUAUGUGAUAACAAGGUUGUGAUGCUUACAGGAGGAAGCAUUUACAAAUAUAUAUAUUUUGCAUAGUGCUUUUUUGGGGGGGAAUGUUUUAAGAAUUAUAUUAGCAAAUGCAGAAUUACACUUUAUAGUACUCAACUGUGGCACAUGAUCUUGUAACAUAGUAGUCAAGAGAAAGACAAUAUGAGGACCUUCUGGUUUGU